AGUACUGUCCAGUUAUUGUUUAAUUGUCUGUGUUUCGGCAAUGCGGAAUGUUGUGUCGAUAUGUAAAUGAGAAUUGAAGUCAAGUAGAUCUUAAGAACCACUUUUCUCUUUUGAUACAUUAUGAUAAAGCUAAAGUCUAAUAUGCUGUUGUCUGAAAAUAUUGGCUUCAAAUACUGACAUUUUCCAAUCCCUUUAGUGAGUCGUCUGUUUUGAAACGCGCCUGUUUGAAAACUAGUUCCCAAUGGACUAGUGACUUUCAUGACCUAGCGUUCGCGUACACACAUGUUAAAUAUUCCAAGUUUGAGCUGGAUGUGUGUUCGUUUACCGUAACCAAACUGGUUUUGCUUCGGAGCCGUUGUCUACGAAAGAUCAUGUUACCUUUGUGGUAUUGUGGAUGUUUCGUAACAUGAGGGGGAAGCGCGCACACUAGUUCUCUUUUUAUAGUAUAUUAGUAUUCCAGUAAAAUGGCCAAAGGAGUGGCAAUACAUUGGUUCAGAAAAGGGCUUAGGAUACAUGACAACCCAGCGCUUCUGGAAGCGAUAUCCGCUUGUUACAAUGAAAACCUGGAAUUGUGCCCUGUUUUUGUCCUCGACCCUUGGAUCAUAAAGAAGUUGCGCGUUGGCCCAAAUCGUUGGAGGUUCUUACAGCAAACAUUGUGUGAUCUGGACGCAAAUCUCCGUAAAAUCGGAACAAGAUUGUAUGUUUUGCGUGGUACCCCUGAGGAGACUUUCAAAGAUAAGUUUCAAGAAUGGAAUGUCAAAGUUAUCACUUUUGAAACAGAUAUAGAACCAUAUGCAAGGGAAAGGGAUGAACGUGUCAUAAAGAUUGCCGAAACUGCAGGAGCAAGAGUUGUUCAGAAGGUGUCACAUACACUGUAUGAUCCUGAACAUAUUGUACAGAAAAAUAUGGGGAAACCACCACUAACAUAUCAGAAGUUGCUGUCAUUGGUUGACAACAUUGGGCCACCUGAGAAACCAGUGAACUCACCAUCUAAAUUGUCUGAGAGAAUAACUUUAAAUUCUGUGAAGAUUGAUGAUCAUAAUCAUUGUGUACCAACCCUUAUUGAGCUUGGAGUGAAUGAGAAACUAUUAAAACCAACAAUUUUUCCUGGUGGGGAAUCUGCUGCUCUUGAUCGACUCAAUUUAAAGAUGAAAAAUAAGGAGUGGGUACGCAAGUUUGAAAAGCCAAACACCUCUCCCAAUAGUUUGGAACCCAGCACAACCGUUCUUAGCCCAUAUUUGAAAUUUGGUUGCCUUUCUGCACGGACAUUUUAUUACAAGUUAAAAGAGGUUAUUGGCACAUCUCCACACACGAAACCUCCUGUGUCACUGUUGGGACAACUUUUAUGGCGAGAAUUUUACUAUGUUGUUGCUGCAGAGACUCCAAAUUUUGAUAAAAUGGUUGGAAAUCCUAUAUGUUGUCAAGUACCAUGGAAUAAAAAUGAAGAACAUCUUGCAGCAUGGGCAGAGGGUAGAACAGGAUACCCGUUCAUUGAUGCAAUAAUGAUUCAGUUACGCACUGAAGGGUGGAUUCAUCACUUAAGUCGUCAUGCUGUAGCAUGUUUCCUAACACGCGGAGACCUUUGGAUUUCAUGGGAAGAUGGACAGAAGGUGUUUGAAGAAUUACUUUUGGAUGCUGACUGGGCACUAAACGCUGGUAACUGGAUGUGGUUAUCAGCUUCUGCAUUUUUUCAUCAGUUCUUCCGGGUUUAUAGCCCUGUCGCAUUUGGCAAGAAAACUGACAAACUUGGAGAAUACAUAAAGAAAUAUGUCCCAGUUUUACGUAAAUACCCUCCAGAAUAUAUAUAUGAACCAUGGAAAGCACCACUCUCUGUGCAGAAACAAGCUGGUUGUGUUAUUGGAGAAGAUUAUCCGAAAAGAAUUGUGAUACAUGAAGAUGUUUACAAAAUUAACAUAAGCAAAAUGUCUGAGGCAUACAAAAGGUGGAAAGGUGGGAAAAGUAAGCAAGAGGACAAAAUAUCAAACACAGUCAAGAAUAAGAAGAUGAAGAUUACAUAGCGACUGGAUUUUAAUCAUUUGUUCAAAUGCUGGAUCAGGUGGGUGUAGACAGUGCUUCUUCCUGAAAAUAGAAACAUAUAUAAUUGGAUAGAUAAAAAAUCUACCUCCUUGCAGCAGAAGAACUCACAUAUAAAAGGCUGUUGUAAUUGGCAAGCUUUCACAGCCAGUCUUCAGACAGAAGGGUUCAAGGGGAAGGUAGAAGGGUGAAGGAAAAGGACUGGACAGGUCUAGGAAAAGGAGUAGAUUUUGGGAAAGUCACCCAAAACCACGGGUCAGGGGACACUUACCGUGUAGAAUGAAAAAGAAAGACUGAUUGUUGGGUACUGCAUAGAACAAGAUUUGAAAACCUUACAUUCUGGGUGACUUUCCCAAAACCUGAGGUUUUCAAAUCUUGGCCGAUGCAGUCCCCAACAAUCAGUAUCACCAUUUCUCUCUCUCUGCCUCCCUCCUUCCUUAUAAAUGCAAGUUGCUGUUCUUGGCCUCUUGGUAAGACCUUUAAAACUAAACAUAAAUCUAGUGAGUGUGGAAAUGGGUUGUUUUGGUUACUAAUUAUGGUACACCAUAUAAAUUUUGCACUAGAGGCAUCCCUGGUGCCCCUCACACAACUUGGCAUACCAAGCGGCUGCUUGUUUCAGUUGGACCUUAAACCAGCACGAGGUGAAAUGGAAGACUGUAAUAACAUUACACACAUUCACGCAUAUGUUUCACAUUACAUUUAUGUACUCAUAUCAUUAACGAAGUCUCCAGAUUUUUAAUAAAUGAUUUGCUUAAAUCAUUUGUCAUUUGUGGUUAAACUGGUGGCAGUGUAAUGCUAAGCUACACUUAAACAAUGGUAAAUCCGGUGCGGAAUACUGAAAAUAUUAUGAGGACAGAUUGCUACUCACCAUACAGUGGACAUGCUGAGUCGCUGACAUAUACAGCAAAAAGACUGGGAAACAAGUAAGCUUAUGGCCAAAAGGCCUUCUUCUGAAUUAGACAACAUACAUUAACUCACAUUACACAUAAAUGCAACUCACACACACAUGACCACUUCUCUGGCUGUCCAAACAUCCGUUUAUUUAUUCGAUUAAAAGAUUUCAACAUAACUGCCAUGUUUACUCUGUGGCAUGGCAUUGUUUUCAUUCACAGACAAGAAGAAAACUAUGACAAGACAAAAUGAUUCAUAUAGCCAUCAGCACUUUCUAGGGGUGUAAUUGGAACUACAUAUUAAUAACAUUUAGUGCAAUCAGAACUAUAAUAGAUAGCAUUGUCAGACUAAUUAUCACAAAAUUUCUUCCUCGCGCCUCAUCAUUGUGACUGAUUAGUUCAAGAACUAUGAUGUUAGUAAGUCUUUAGCUCUUCUAGUGCUAUUUACAUUUUUACUUUUUGCAAGUAUGAUGUGAUGUAUAAUAACUGUUUAAAUGUCAUGUUGCUUUUUCCCAAAUUUGUUUGAUGAAUAUAUCUUGCAAAUGAACCAGCAUUUUUGAAUCA